GGCUGCUACUAUCAAACUUUGUUAUGUCUUCACACAAAUGAACAGAAACUAUCUGAAACUUGGACCUUUGAAUUCAUUGAACCUAAUUUUCUUGGACCACUUAUUCACUUUUUCAUCAUCAUUAUAUUUUGAAACUGAAAGGUCCUCCCUUUGAAUUCAUCUUCUCAUAAAAUUGAAUUACUAGUGGUCUAUGGUCAGGUUUCUUUUACCUCAAAAGAGAAGGAAGACAAAAAUGGGGAGAGGGAGAGUGGAACUAAAGAGAAUAGAGAACAAAAUCAACCGUCAAGUGACGUUUUCUAAGAGGAGGAAUGGUUUGUUGAAGAAAGCUUAUGAACUUUCAGUGCUUUGUGAUGCUGAAGUUGCUCUCAUCAUCUUCUCUGGUCGCGGAAAACUCUAUGAGUUUGGUAAUGCAGGUAUCACCAAAACCCUUGAGAGGUAUCAACGCUGUUGCAUUAAUCCUCAAGACAAUUGUGGUGAAAGAGAAACACAGAGCUGGUACCAAGAGGUCUCAAAAUUGAAGGCCAAGUUCGAAGCUCUUCAACGAACUCAAAGGCACUUACUUGGUGAAGAUCUGGGGACACUAAGUGUGAAGGAGUUGCAGAAUCUUGAAAAACAACUUGAAGGUGCACUUGCACAAGCUAGACAAAGAAAGACCCAAAUAAUGAUGGAGCAGAUGGAGGAGCUCCGCAGAAAGGAGCGUCAUCUUGGUGAUGUGAACAAGCAGCUGAAGAUUAAGGUUUCCCUUGAACUAUCAUCGUUUGAGACUGAAGGACAAGGACUGAGAGCUCUUCCUAAUUUUCCAUGGAGUUGUAAUGCAUCAGCAGAAGCUGGAAGCAGCUCCUUUCAUGUCCACCAUUCUCAAUCAAAUCACAUGGAUUGUGAUCAACCUGAUCCAGUUCUUCAAAUAGGGUAUCAACAGUAUAUGUCUGCAGAUGGAGCCUCAGGGUCAAGGAGCAAUAUGGCAAUUGAGAACAACAUCAUCCAUGGCUGGGGUCUUUGAUAUCUAAUUCUACUUCUUGGGAUAUAUUUAUAUAGAACAAGUUUUCGCUUUAAGUUUUCAAGACUAAAAACUAAUUUAGUGACAUAUUUAUGAUGUGAAGUGCUUGUUAUAUAGUAGUAAUGUAUAAUUUUACUAAGUAUUACACUCCUGUUUAACCUUAUAAUAUAAGCUUUUCCAUUUGCUCGUAAAA